AUGACCAUGUCCGAAGCCGACUCGUGGCCCCUCACCCCUCCCGGUUCUUCCGAUCCUCAAACCAAAGAUGUCUCGUCCGUCGUCACGGCAAUCCAUGUCAUAGCCACGGAGCGCGCUGCCCUCGCCCACCUUGAACACAUCUACCAGACAGAUGCGCGAGCGCAGCAGGAUCUCGCCCGGGCGGUGGAUCGCAUCACGCGUAGCGUGCGCGAGGGCGGAAAGCUGGUUGUCUGCGGGGUGGGCAAGAGUGGGAAGGUGGGACGAAAGAUCGAGGCCACGAUGAACAGUUUGGGUGUGUACAGUGCGUUCCUGCAUCCGACUGAGGCGCUGCAUGGAGACCUUGGAUUGGUUCGACCGAAUGAUACCGUGCUUUUAAUUUCCUUCUCUGGCCGUUCGCCAGAGCUUCUUUCUUUGCUGCCGCAUUUGCCGUCCACUGUUCCACUCAUUGCUCUGACUUCUCACACACACCCGGCGUCAUGUCCGCUGCUCGCGCUGCAUGCUCCUCUUGGCAUGGGUAUUCUUCUGCCAGCGCCGAUUCAUGAAGAUGAAGAGUGCUCGUUCGGCGUGAGUGCGCCCACGUCGUCAACCACAGUAGCUUUGUCUCUGGGUGAUGCAUUGGCCAUCGCGACUGCUCGCAAACUACACACGGCCACGGGCAAAAGCCCUGCGGAAGUCUUUCGAGGCUUUCAUCCCGGUGGUGCUAUCGGGGCUGCAUCGGCAGCUCCGCUGGCGACGCCGUCUAGUGGGAUGUCGGCAAGAACUUCUGACUCGCCGAUGUCCCUCUCUCUUGUGUGGGAGGAAAAUAACAACACCUCGUUGAUACCUCCUUUCACCCUACAACCGCCGCCGGCACAGCAACUGAUCCCCGAAGAUAAGAUCGUACCCCUCCAAGUGAUUCCCACGGCCACGUCUUCGUCCGGCUUAGUGAGCGACGUCAGACUCCUGGACAUUCUCCUCACGGCUAUCCAGAGCCCCAAUGCGAAAUCUUGGGUGUUUCUGUCACCGACUGAAAUUAUCCCCCUCGACGUGUUCGCUCUCUUCUUUCACCGGGCGGAGACAUGGACAUGCGCAUUUCUGAUGUCGCAGUCGACGAUCUCGGUGUUCCUUUCAGUGUCCCCCGGAGCAACUGGUUGUUAG